AGUGUGUAUGUGUGUACUCUGUGGCCGAGGGAGAGCCACGCGGAAACUCGACGGAGCGGCAUUUCGGGCGCGCGACGACGACGCGUCGUAGAAGUCGCGAAACAGCAGCCGAGAUUCGCGUUUGAGGAACGCGUUUCACGCAACGUGCGCUCGCGACCGCAUUCACGACGGACCCUGUGAACGGACGGACGGACAGACGGGAGGAGACCGCGAACAAGGAGGAGCAAGGCGGAGGAGAAGCAAAUGCGUCUGGCUGUGGCGCGGCACGCACACACGGACGACACGACUCGUACGACGGAGAUCGCGGGGGAGGGAACGAGAGGGGUUGGUGGUGGUGGUGGUGGUGGAUAUACCGGGAGGUGUAGUGCCGCCGCGCCGCGCCUGACAGUCCACGCGGUCCCGUCCCCGAAAAACACUCUCGCCACGCUAUACACACGCGAGGACCGCGCCGUGUUUCACUCGGAACGCGAGCGCCACUGGCAAUGUCGGGAAGUGACAGCCCAACAUUCUUUCACGGCCAGCCCUGGUCCAGCUGGAUCGAAAGAAUCGGACGUGACAAGCCGCUGAGUGAUGAGGAAACAGAAACUCAACCAUCAAGCUCAGUCACACGUCUUGCUGUAGAAGAUAUCGACCUAUAUGGCUUCUGUCCCGAGAGAGACACUUUUUACGGAGUGGUAUGUGAAAUAUGCGAUGCCAUAGUGAAACCACAAGCUCUUAUUCAACAUAUGGAGAGUCGCCAUUCUUCCGGCACGGCGAAUUUUCCGCCACCUCCUACCCCGACCACGAAACCAUCCGUGAAAAUUCCCUACUGUAAGGUGUCCAAGCUGAAGAAAACUACCCAAUCGUCCCCAUCUCCUUCAACAGCGUCAUCAGCAUCAUCAUUAUUAUCGUUAUCGUCUUCAUCAUCAUCUUCUUCUACCACUACUUCUACUUCCACUGCAUCUUCUUCGAUAUCCGUCAUCGGCACGAAAUUGAAUCACGCAAGUGUGAAACGUACUACAGAUCAGACAAGCCUGUCUGUAGGUAACACCUUGUCGAUCUCUUCGUCACCCCGAUCGCCCCUCGAAUCGAUCCCGGUGCAGACCAGUACUACCUCCUGUAAUGUGGCCGGCCCCUCGAAUAUCACCGUCGCGUCGACGAGCGGCGGCAGUGCGGGGAAAAGUCCCGUCAUCAGUGGUAACGGAAGUAGUGGCCAACCGCGCCGUAAGAGACUUAAAACGGAUCGCUCGCUACUCAAGGACCGCGAGUACGAUCCCGAUCGGCACUGUGGUGUCCAGAUCGACGAGACCGGCAAACCCUGCACCAGGUCGCUCACGUGCAAGGCGCACACCGUUUCGAUGCGCCGAAUAGUUGGCGGCCGCAGUAAAACCUUCGACAAGCUCCUCGCGGAACACCGCGCCGCGAAGGAGCAACCGAACAGCGGCAGCAGCAGCCGGCAGACAACGAAGGUGACGGUUGCUGGCGCCGUCACCGUGUCCUCCUCGGUCGCGUCCAGCCUAAACAAUCCCCACGCCCCCAACACCCCAGUAUCCAUUGUCGAGCCGGAAGCGCCAAGUUCACCACCCGUAUUAUCGUUGCCAGACGAGUAUCCACUGCCAAAGGCUGUUGAUAUGCUUUAUCGGUGUCUGGCCCCGCAUGGCUCCACCCAACCUACAAAACUCGAAGAGGACUUCGCCAACGCAGAGGAGUUGCGGAAUCUAGAGUCCACACUGGUGGUCAACUCUACCAUUGCCGGGGGCAGCGUGUCGCAGCAACAACCACAGCAACAUCAGCAGCAGCAGCAGCACCCACACCAGCAGCAGUCGGGCUCGAUGAUGACACCGAUAUCUGUGAUGUUACCGUCGUUGUCUCCGCUACCCGGCGUCAACAGCGAGGAAUCACCGGUGGCCACCUUGAUACCGAACACCACCACGACGUCCGCGAUGCCAGUUGUGCCGGCACCACUGCCAGCUGCUUGCGUACAACCGCCUACGGUUGUUGCUACGGUACUUGAGGGUGAGACCCCCGUGGACAUCGAUGCCGAAGCCAUGUCCAUGUACUCGCCCGUCUAUUCUGCUGCGAAGGACGCCAAGUCGCAGCUAGUGAUGCAGAUGCAGCCACGAUCGAACAGCCACUCGCAAUCGUCCGUUGCGUCCAGGAAUUACCAGCAGAUACAAGCCUCCAUGCCGAAUCUGAGCCUGUUCGAACCGAUGGAACAGUUGGAGCAGCAACAUGCCAGUCAGAUCAACGGCAAGAGGCUGAACCACGCGAGUCCGGUGUCGUCACGGCAGCAUAAGAGGUACAAAUCGCAGCACAUGGAUCUGUCCUCGUGCCAGCCGUCCCAGGACUUCUCUACGUCAGCGUCGAUUCAAGUGGAGGCGACGACUACGUCGUCGCCGUAUCCGCAUUUCGGCGACAUAUCCUGGUCGAACUGUCACCCAGAGCCACUGGCGGUCACCCGGUGGCUUCGUAUCUCGUCCAGCCGCAAGCAGUACAACUUCAAUAUUCACUGACACAAGACCCCACCCACCCCGGGCUGAGGACCGUGCGCCGCGGGCGUCACUUGUCUACCUCCUUCCUCUCGCGAGAUCUUCUUCGUCAUCGCCGCCCACAUCGUCGUCAUCCUAGUCGUCGUCAUCAUCGUCGUCGUUGUCGGCUCCGUCGCCGCUGAUGUCGCGUCCGCAGCCCGUCGAGGAGGGAAGGUGUUCUUGUUCUUUCUGCUAUUGCCACGAUGUGAGUACUGCGCGUACGAGUGACGAGUAUCCUCGUGCGCGACCAAGCCGGCGCAAAUGGAGUAAAUGGCAUACGUUUGUCCACCUGGACGCCCUGAACAGCAUCUUGGAAGAUGUUCGUUUACAUCGCGUUUAAGCGUAAUGCGACUAUUCGCUCUAGCGUAGCGCCAAAGUUUUUUCAGCCUCAGUUCACGAGCAUGUCGAUCGCCGUGGCAGACCAGCCGACCGGUGGUCCAUGACGAUCGCGUGUCUGGACGUGUACCUGAACUCAAGGAACUUGACAAAGAAAAGGAAAGAAAGGGUCGAUGUGUAUCCCACUUUGGUUUGCUCGCGGGAUUUAUAACGUAGGAGAAAAAGAGAGCGCGAAUGAGUGUGCAAUUUUAAUCAUGAACGAAUGAAUGUAACCGCGGUACCGUUUCUAACAUUUCUGCACAGGAUUUUCGCAGUAUAUUGUGUGCCGUUUGUGUGACUUAUAUUGUACUGCUUGUGACGCUGCAGAACAUUCCUAUUCUCUCUUUUUAGCGACGCGCGUCACACAGCUUCCUCGCUUGUGAUUACAAGGCUUGGGAGCUCAUUAUUAAGUAAUUCCUGGAAGGUGCUCUUUCAAAUAGAAAUUUUGCGUUUGGCAUAGGGGGGUAUUAUAUCCAUGCUAUGUUGCAAUUCGAAAAAAUUGAACGUUCUUGUCGGAUGAAUGUAAUUCCCUUUUGAUUGCAGCACGCCUACGUUCUAGUAGAUUCAUUCAUAAUUUUUAUUCGGUUAUCGAAAUUUUUUGAAAUUAUUAGACACGGCAUCGUGAGUUAUUUUUGUUACUCGUAUUGCCGUGUAGACGUUUCGAGGAGUUAAGAUCCUCUUUCAACAAGCUGCAUCAUGAUUCGAGGGGAUACCCUCUUGUAAUUUUUAUACUUUUGGAAUCCAGAUUGAGUAUAUUCUUUAUAAAUUGCUGCACGUUACCAGACUCCAAAAGCUUUAUCGAAUGAAGAGUUUGCCCAUGGAAUCCUCUUGAGCGAUAAAAUUAUGAUGAGCACGUGAUUGUUCUAAGUGCAGAAUGCUGCCGUGCAUUCCGCAUCUUCUUUUUAUUCAUUGAAUUUUGUACAUAGAUCACAGAUUAUCACACUACUUGUUUCAUAUUGUACAUAGAAAAGUAUUUAACGUUGGCUACAUACACGGUAUUUGCAUAGGAAAAAAGAAGAAAAAAAAAGGACUUCUCUCCCCCGUAACGUGAACGGCGUGCAGCGAGCCUCGAUUGUACAUACGGUGUGUAUAUACAUAUACAUAUAUAUAUAUUUUUUAUCGAUCACGAUCUCUUAAACCUUUUACGUAUGUGUGUGUGUGUACUCCGGACAUGAAGCGCCAUUUAUUUAACGUUAUAUCCGCUUCUUUCUUCUUUUUUUUUUACCGUUUUCGCAGCAGGUUCUAACAGAAAUCAUACAUAGCUCCGUGUGAUUUAUUUUCGAACGUGGCUUCAUCCUGCGUCGCUGGAUUUCGUGACGGGAUGAGACCGGUUUGCGACGUAAAUACAGAUGACAAGAAGAAUCGUUUCUUUCGCGUGAAUUGCGUCUCGGUGUAUAAAUUGAAAGAGCCAGUGGACACAAGCUGAAUUCUAUCGAUCUUAAUCUAGCAAAAGUGGAUGGUCUUUGAGCGUUUCGCAAAAUUGUGACAAAUCUGCUCCUGUCCACUGGUCCUCUCAAUAAUAGCCAAUUCAGAACUCGUCUCCACUCACGGAUGCGAAUUUAUUAACAGAAUUGUAUACGCGUGAAUCUACGCGGCGCGAGCGACUGCACGGUGCGAUCAAUCAUUAUUAUACUAAUUAAACCUGACGCUGAUUAUGAACAAUGUAAUUAUACAUUAUUUCAACAUAAUGUAUCUAUCAGUACAUGGCAUUCUAAUGAGUGAUAUGUGAAUUGACAGAAUUGUUCAAAUUUCGAUUUUUUGCUAAAAUUGUGAUGUAAAUUUGUUCCUCUUUAUCAUUCUGAUACAGAUGAUCGAUCGUUAAUCGAGCAGGUCGUAAGCGUAACCACGUGGGUUUUCGCACAGCUCCGAACCAACAGAUUAUUGAGCUACGCGAUCCCGCUAUGUUUAAUCCAAGACAAUUAUUUAUUUUUAUACGUACUCGUUGAUUUUUGCAUCUCCGCGCACUACAGUUUCCUCCCUUGGAGAAGAGGGCGGAGAAGGGCGCGCGACUAAGCUAGUAGCGAUUGCGGCAGGACGCAUAUACGCGAACUUCUUAUCAUAGAUUGUGAUAUUUAACUGUUAACGACUAGUAGAAUAAUUGUACAUGUGUCUCUAUGUGUUCGGCGGCAGAAAACUGCGUAACGCGUUGCGAUUUCUUUCUUUUCCUGACAAGAGAUGCGCUCGUGUACGUGUGCGUAUGUGUAUGUGUGUGUGUGUAAGCGUCUGUGCGUAAGAGCGUUUUCGUGCCGUCUCUCGUCGAUUUCGCCUUAUCCUUUAUUAGAGGAAGAAAGGAAACACUAAUAAUGGAGAUCUAAUCUGCGUUAUUCCGCUUAAUUGUGCUCGUGUUGACGAACGAAUUCCUUUAUUAACGAGCGUAGUGAGAAAAUUAGGAGAAGAAAAAGAAAUUAGGCCAGCUUGCGAUAAUCAUUGUUUGGACGAGGAGGCAGAGGGGUGGGAUACGUCACGUACGCGUCACGUUUAAUAUCAGAUAACAGAAGGCCCUUGAAUUUUCCUCGAUUAUUGCGCAGUACACACAAAGCGAUGCUUCACACCGUCGCCGCUGAUCCUCUUUUGGCUACCUGAAUACCGUGAUAACUUGUACAUAAAUCGUGUAAGAGCAAUUAAUUAAUUAAUUAAUUACCCGUGUACCUACGGACAUCAAUUAGCCGCAGUUAGUUGUGUAAGGGUGUGUAAUAACAUGUAACAUACAUGUAACUGUGCGAACGAUAAAGGAAGGAAGGAAAGGAUCCCGCUGGAACUCGUAGGCAUGAAGCUCUGUGCUGGCGUAUUUAGCAUUAAUCGUGGUCCUCUGUGGUCAUCCGAAAUGAUAAUCGCGCAGCCACAUUUAACGCUAAAUGCGACACUAUCGAUGCCGAGCUUCGCCUAUUAAAAAUGAUGAGAAUCGGGCAGCUACAGUUUCGCAGUUUUCCUUAAAAACCAUUUCUGUGCAUGUGUACCACCAUCUGAAUUUGUGUUCAUUGCUCGGCACGAGACGGGAUCAUACCAGUGCGUUCCGAGGGGUUCCGAGAUAUGAUAAGUUAAAGAGAACUUGCUUCCCAGUCGAGAGUGACUCGACGAUCGGAUUUUCCAUCAUUCACUAUCCCGCAGAGCAAUAAUACAGUAUGUUCCACGACUGAGCGAGUUAACAAUAAUAAUUUUAUUAAUUGUAAGCUACAUGUGUGUGAAGGAGCAUUCGUGUUCUGGGAGCUUUCGCGUUUCUCAUAGUUGUCGAAAUGAAGAUCAGAGAGCGUCGACCGGUGCUGGCUGCAUCACUUUGAAUCAGUCCUUUUAAAAAAUUAGUGAAUUAUGAAUCGUGGAAGUAGUUCGGAAGAAACAUUUUACGCGAAGAAUUGAGAAUUAUGAAAUUUUCGCAUUUACGAAAUCGUAAACAGUUUUCAUGAUUCUUAAGAAUUUUUUAAAUUUCUGUCGUCAAAGCACAUUAAUUUCCUAGUCAGAAUUAAAAUACAAUAAAUAAAAAUGUUCUUUCUUUAAUUAUUACUGACUGGAGAAAGGACUAGAAGAAAGUAAAAUUCUAAAUCAUUUCUAAAUUCGAAAAAAAAGUGCGUAAAGUUUUCUUAAUUCACUUGCUUUCUGUGUGAAAGUGAAACACAGAUCGAAUCACUUCGACAUUACCUAAGAAAGUUCCAUUUUAUUCUAAGACAAAGAGAACGAAGAAAGAGAGAAAAGAAAGAGAGAAGCGACUUGACAAUUGUAUCUUUUCUUCGACUCGACUUCCGCUUACUUCGUUAGCGUGUGCGUGCGUACUGCAGAAAGCGAAUAAUGUUUUAAUUAUUCUAACGAAUCCGCGCGUGAAACUGUGGUGCGGCGGAUGAUACACGGCAAAUUGAUUAAGACUGAUAUAUUGAUGAGGGGGAAGGGACUCAUCCGUCGAAUUUAGAAUGUCGAUGAUUUCUAGCGAAUUCUUUUUGUACAGAUUUCUUCUCAAAGUAGCGAGGUAUAAUGUUCACUUAAUUUCCAACCGGUGGUGUAUUGCUUUAUCAUGUUGCUGAAAACAUGUGCACGUUACCGUCAGAAUGAUGAAUGAUUGAUCUGUUUGUUUCUUUGACACUGUAAUUUUACGUGGUGAAUUUAAGAAAAAACGAAAGAGAAAAAUUACUCCGAAUUUAUCGCAAAGCAAGAUAUUUUGUGGCAUUUAAUUUAAAUAUAUGUUUUAUAUUUAUUUGUAAAUCCCGAUCUCUUUUCAUUUGUCCGCUUACCUCAUACCCAUUCGUAGAUUUAUUUCUUGUUUCUUCCACGCGUGCGUGUAGCUAAAUGAACUUUCGUGCGAUGAGAUUAGAGACGUGAGGCUGGUACAGGUUUGCAUGGCAUCAUGCAUACUGUUGCUUGUUACCACAUAUCAAUCACUGUAAAUAUUGUGCGAUAUUUCGAUUAUGUCGUAUUAUCGAUGUGUUGUAAUGAUUAUUCGAUUAGUGCGACGUGUAUAAUUACCGAGUAUUUGAGAUUGUACCAUGUGAUUUCGUAAUCCCGCUAUCUAUUAUUAAUGUACAAACUUUAUUAAAACGUCACUCGCGCAACGGAUUCAAGAUAUUAGUGGGAUUCAUCUAAUCUGUGAGGAUGUUCUCUCUACGUGUUUCUGAAGAAAUUAAUCAUAUAAAUUCUUUAAAAAAAAGUUGCGUUUUAUACAUAUCUUUUAAUCGAUUUAAAAGACGAGAAGAGAAACUCAGUAGCAACAUUAUAUUUCUCGCCUAACUGAAGAUUAAUCCUAAAUCCUUACGAGAAUAGAGUGCUGCUGCUGACAUACAUUAUUUUCGGGAUAGUCUGUCUAGGUCGUUGCCACCAACUAAAAUAUAUGCAUACUUUUAUUGCUCCCUUUAUCCUCGUGGUCGAAGUUACGUAAAUACGUAGAGAGACCAUAGAUUGACCAAGGGAACGUAAUACCCGAAGGAUCAUCCUUAUUCAAUGAUGAUUUUUCAGUGUAUAACAUAUGUACUGCAUUCGUUGGUGGUAUGAGAAUCGAUCAGCGUGCAUUUUACGCAAAAAUUUGUUUAUAGAAUAUCUUUUCAGUAUUUAUAAACUGAUUUAAUCGUGCGUGUGCGUAGAAAAUAAUUAUUAAAAAUUAUUCAAAUUAGACGCGGAAAUAUAUAUGAGAUACUUGGUGGUGCAGUAUCUUUUAAAGAUUGAUAUGAUAUUAAAAUUAAUCCUAUCAUUAGCAUCAUAUUAUCGAAUCAAAAGAAUCUUUUGUAAAAAGAAAAAUAUAUAUUAUUCAUGAAACCUAAAUUUAACUGUUCACAUUUAAAAUAUUUUAUGCUAUUGUUGCUAAUUUACUGAUAGCUUUCGUCAAAAUUGAAACUGUCUUCUACUUUACUUAUUAAUUUAUCGUGCGAAAAAAAAUUAAUAAGCGUAAAAAUUAAUAAAAGUCUCUUAAAUCUCAUGCUUAUCCAACCUUUUUUAAGCUUUGGCUGAUAAACGACAUACAGUCAACUGAAUGUUUACUACGGUUCGUAUACGGAAAGCGAAGCGAUUUCUCAGUCAUACACGACCUUUGACACCUCUUCAUAUGCACAUUUAGGCGAUGUUUCUGAAACGCUAAGCGAUUACACCGAAUAUCAAUUUGAAAAUUGCGCAAUACGCUCGUAGCGAGAGAAAGCGUUCGAUGUGACCGCUUACACUUUUACUUUUUUAACGCGUGUGCGGUGUUCUCGUCCCGUAAGGUCUUCGCCGUAGGCCCAUGCGAAGGUCUUCGACUUUUACGUAGAUAAUAUCGACGUUUCCAUCAUUAAGCAGCACACUGUAAUGUCACUGUAAGGAAAACUGGAAUGAUACGAAUGGGCGGAGCACGACUCGGCUCGCUAGCGCUCGUGAUCACGUUCUUCUCAGGUAUUUAGCGUGUUUGUGAAUCACGUAAUUCCUUCCCAUAAUCGCUGUUAUUGCUAGCCGAUCGCCAUUGAAAGGGCUUGUACAAUAAACACCUUUUCUCCCCAAAUGAUCGAUUCCUCCCACGAGCACGAGUCGAGAUGUCCGCGAUACAAACGUCGACGAGUACACGUACUUCGAACGUCCGUGUUUAUUGCACGAUACACUUUUGUAAGUUUUCUAGACGAUCGCUUUUUUAUUACUUCACGUCUCAACAAGCAAUACGUCUCUCCGGAGUCUGCACGGGUCUCGCGUUUCCGCGCGGAGGAUCCUUCACAGAACCGAAUUUUCUGGGGGUGCAGAAAAUUACCGAAGUCAAUUCUCCAAAGAAUCUCUAUAAUAUAUAUAUAUUCUGUAUAUUUAUUUCGACGAGCAAUAUUUUUAUCCCGCGGGGGGAUCCCUGGUACACGCGAAUCGCGGGACGAGUGCGUACUUGCGAUUUUCGUAGAGUAAAACAGAAUGGACAUGCGUUUUUCCGUUCACCGCGAGGGUUGACGUGUCGUUCGCGUUGAUAGGACAGACAGAAUCUGAAAGUAUUCCAGUGCGAGAGGAACGAGCGAAUUUUUCAGACAUUACGUAUAUUCCUAAGAGUGGAAAUUCCUAUUCGCGUAAGGAGAUUCACGUAUCCCAUAACGCUUUCCGCGCGAUUCACUACUCAAAAAAGUAUUACUGUAAAAUUUUAAUGUUAAGAGGCGCGAGGCGGAUGCCGAAGAGUGUCGGUAAGCAAACUCCUACCGCCUGACCUCGAUCAUGCUCGAUGAGUUAAUCCUAUAUCGCCAAGAGAUAAUCGAUUAUAUUAUAAUAAUAUAAGCCGAACGUCGUGGUGUGAAUUUUGUCGGAUGCACUCUGAUCCGAGUCGGACUAAUCUUGUAUGAACGUCACUUAAACUUCCUUUUCCUCACUUUUGUCGAGAAUGUCUGUGGAUGUUAACAUAGAUGCGCGUUUCCGGUACGUUUACUCGAGACAGUUGGAGCAGUAUUACGCGACGAUUUAUUGUACGAGCGAUUUUCGCGAGGCUCGCCGUUCGAUUACACAGAAAAAGCCACAUGUAACGAAACCAUAGGGUAUAUUCUCUAUAUAAUAUAUAUACGACAGAUAGCCAUUUAAUUCUUGACUACUUUAUAUCGCGACAAGUAAGAGAGGGAGAGCGAGAGAAACUAUGACUGUGGAAGCGGAGAAUCGAGUGUCUCGUGCGACAGUGUGCAUUGAGAGAGAGAGAAAAAGAGAGAGAGGGAACCUCCUUUACGAUCACCAGGAACAGUAUUGUUACACAGUUGAUCGUUACAUGUGCAUAAAAGCUUUGGAAAUAAAACAACCUGAAUCACAA